AUGAUGCUCGAGCUGAGAUCUGCAGAACUGGGAUAUGUGAGGAUUUCAGGCCUGGGGUUAAGAUGCUUCGCCACCUUCAUUACUAUUGUUCUAUAUCACCCAUUUUGGACGCGUUCCAGACUGGGGGAAGCUGCCUGGCCCCUCACCAGGUCCCUAUGUAACCCAAACUCUUCCUCCUGGACCGCGCCCCCGGGCCUCACGCCGCGCCCUAGCCUCUGCUCCCACCCGACUAAGACUCAACCUCCCCGCGGGAACCGCCCUCUUUUGCCCGAGCCAAUCAGCAGAGCCUCAGGGGCGGGACCGAGGGCCCCGGCCCUCCUGUCUGGAUACCAAUUGGUCAGCAAAGCCGUCGCUCACAAGGUCGCACUCUGUACCCGCCUUCCACCCUCCCUUUCAGGAAAAUCGGCGGUUGGGCCUCGGCGGCCAACGGCACUCGAGGAGCGCUUGGGCGAGCAGCCGGGGAGUGAGGGAAGGAGGAACUGCAAGGAGGAGGAGGCUGACGAAGAGGAAAGCUCGGCCCAGCCAGAGGCCUCUCCAUCGAGAACAAAAUGGCGGCGCUGGCGAAGGGCCAACUGUGAGGCGGGGCUGCGGCCAUCCCCCCCCCCGCCCCCCCCCUCGCGCCGGCCGGGCCGGUCAGGGGGAGCCCGCUCGCCGCUCCCGGCGCGGGCGGGAAUGGGAGGGGAGCGGCCCGGCCCACUAUGCAAAGCGUCCGGCGCCGCCGCCCCGUGGCAAAGGUUUGUGGUCUUCAGUCCACUUGCACAUUCAGUUUGCACUUGAUCCACUUCACUCUUUGGGAAGCUGGAAUGGUCCUCCAUGUGACAGAUAAAGACACCAAAGCUGAGAUUCUGAAGUGAGUGAUUUGCUCUGGGCCUGAGUUCUAAUUUUGGAGCCACAGGUUGGCAGAAUACUACUUUCUCCCAAAAAACACAGCCUUUGCCAGAGGCACAGUGUAGGGGCUGCUCUGUGCCCAGGGGGCAGGGGCAAAGCAGACACCAUGGGGUCCUCAGGCAGGUGUCAAAGCUGGCCAUAUCUCUGCUUCCAGGCCUAGUGGGAAGGAGUGCCCUCGGGCCAGCUGAGAAGCCAGGUGACAAGGACAUGUAGAACUGGCAGGAGGAAGAGAAGGGCAGGGAAGGGACAAGGUGUGAUGCUGGCCAGGAGAAACUGGCUGAAACAAGUGCACAACCACAGGAAAGACAGAUGAAAACAGGCAUGUCCUUGUCCAGUGAGACACAAGCUGUGAUGUGUCUUGAUGGCCCCUGCCACUUGUUCUACAAAACACACUGUGAGUGUAUUUGACCUAUCAUCCAGGUAUUUUUAUUAGGGUAACUAUUCACGGAGAAAUACAAGCUCUAUUACCUCUUUACAGAGUGUCAGAAAUAGGAUAUUAUGUGAUAAAAGAUGCCUUCAAAUGGCUUCUAGACACAAUUCUACCUGGAGCUUAGAAACUGACAAUGGGUGGUGGCACACAGCAGGCUGGGAAA